AUGACUGUUAAUAAACCUGAUGAAGAGGCUUUUGCUUCUCCUUCUCUCAACAGUGACUUCAAUUCCUCCACUGCUUCUUUAUCAAGUUUAUCUCAAUCUCCCAACGACGUCAACCCCAAGUUAUCUGGCAGAGUUCUUUUCGCCACAACUAUAAUCCCCAACCAAAUCUACAAAAAUACCUCUUCUCAAACAAAAAACGACUGGACCAUAAAACAUCUACGUGGAAACUCGGCCCUCUACUCCUCCUUUUACUUCCUAGAUCAACAAACUGACUGGCAAACCCACCUAAUCGCUUGGACUGGCGAACUAAUUCCUCACGACAAAUUUUUUACAACCUCAAACAACUCUAACAUCAACAACCCAAUCCCCACCAACAGCAUUGACGAAUCUGACCCUUUAUAUCUCACCGAAGACGAAAAAUCGGACAUUGAAUCUAAAAUCAAAAUCGCCAACAACACCCAAAACAUCCAUCCCAUCUGGUUGCUAAGAAGAGACCAACAAAGAUGGAGAAAAUACGCUGAAAACGUUCUAUGGCCUGCUUUCCACUAUAUCCAACCAAUUCCUUCUGAUGGCAAACAAGAAGAAGAAUGGUGGCACGACUACGUCAAAUUCAACGAGGCCUACGCUGCUAAAAUCAUCGCCCUCUACAAACCUGGAGACAUCAUUUGGAUCCACGACUACUACCUCCUCCUCCUCCCCCAAUUGCUUAGAAUGAAACUCUCCGACGCCUUCAUCGGCCUCUUCAUCCACGCUCCUUUCCCUUCAAGUGAGUACUUUAGAUGCUUAUCAAAGAGACAAAGCAUCCUCGAUGGCAUGCUAGGCGCAAACAAAAUCGGCUUCCAAUCCUACUCCUUUGCAAGACACUUUAUCUCAAGUUGCACAAGACUCUUAGGCUGCGAAGCAACCCCAAACUCUGUCAGCGCCUACGGCUCCUACGUCAAUGUAGACGCUUUGCCCAUUGGUAUUGACUCCUUCAAAAUCGAAGACAACGCCUUCAACACUCCAAUCAUCGACAAAAAAGUUCACGCCAUCAGAUCCCUCUACGAAAACAAAAAAAUCAUCAUUGGCAGAGAUCGCUUGGAUACUGUUCGUGGCGUCAUUCAAAAACUACAGGCCUUUGAAAUGUUCCUAUCAAUGUACCCUGAAUGGGUUGACAAAGUCGUUCUCAUCCAACUAUCCUCCCCAGCUUACCUCCACGAAAAUGCUAGCUCCUCUGUUGAAAAGGACGUUCAAGAACUAGUUGCCCACAUCAACGGUACCUAUGGCUCAUUGAACUCAACUCCUGUUCAACACUACCAAAUGAGAGUCGCCAAAGAUGAAUACCUAGCCCUCCUAAGAGUUGCUGAUCUAGGUCUAAUCACCUCCGUUAGAGAUGGCAUGAACACAACCUCCUUGGAAUUUGUUGUCUGCCAAAAAUUCAACAAAUCCCCCUUGAUUUUAUCCGAAUUCAGUGGAACUGCAACUGUAUUAAGUGAUGCUCUCCUAGUCAACCCCUGGGAUUCAGUUGGCGUUGCAAAAAUGAUCAACGAAUGCCUACUAAUGCCCGACCAAAAAAAAUCUUUAAUGCAACAAAAACUAUACCACCAUGUAACCACCAACACAAUCCAAAACUGGACCAACAAAUUCCUAUCCCAUCUAAUCGACGAACUAUCAAAGAUUAAAGACCACAACCACUCGACUCCCGCUCUCGAUAGACCCUCACUAUAUUCCCACUACCAAUCAUCAAACAAAAGACUAUUCCUAUUCGACUACGAUGGCACUUUGACCCCCAUCGUAAAAGAACCCUCGGCCGCUAUUCCCUCCAUUCGUCUAUUAAACAUCUUGAACAAGUUGUCUCAAGAUCCUAAAAACCAAAUUUGGAUCAUCUCAGGUAGAGACCAGGAAUUCCUCGAACAAUGGCUUGGAAGCCACAACAAAAAACUAGGUUUAUCCGCUGAACAUGGCUGCUUUAUGAAACUGAUCAACUCCGAAAAUUGGAUCAACCUUGCUGAAAGCGUUGAAAUGAAAUGGCAGGAGGACCUUAUAGAAAUCUUUACCUACUACACCGAAAGAACUCCUGGCUCCUUUAUUGAAAGGAAAAAAGUUGCCUUGACUUGGCACUACAGAAAAUCUGACCCAGAAUUUGGCGAAUUUCAAAGUAAACAAUUAAAACAACACUUGAAUGAUACAAUUGCUCAACAAUAUGAUGUUGAAGUUAUGAGUGGAAAGGCUAAUAUAGAAGUUAGACCUAAAUUUGUCAACAAAGGUGAAAUUGUAAGAAGAUUAAUCACAGAAUACAAAUCAGAUAUCCAUAAUGAUAAUGAUAACAACAGCUUUUCUCAAAAGGUUUAUCCUGAUUUUGUGUUCUGUUUGGGUGAUGACAAAACCGAUGAAGAUAUGUUUAAAUCGCUUAACGAUAUUGAAAAAGAUUGGUUUUCAGAUAAAUCUGGCACUCACAUUAAAAACGAGUUUUCUAAUUAUGGUUUGUACCCUACAACUGUUGGUCCAGCUUCAAAGAAAACCAUUGCAAAAGCUCAUUUAGUUGAUCCUAAAGAGGUUUUGGAUACUCUUGGUUUGUUAAUUGGUGAAGUUUCCAUCUUCGAAACACCUGGUACUGUCUCACUAGAUGAUAGAGGCCAUUUAAAGAAAUAA